AUGAUUCAUGCUGCCCGCUCACCGAUUCACCUUGACUGUGCACACACAAUUGAACCGCUCUUGCCCUCUCACUUCCAUCAUACGUCGACAUCGGGCCAUUCUCGAGCAAGAAUCAUGGCCUCCUUCUUCCAAAAGGCCAGGGAGCGUGCCGAAGCCGCUGCUCAGCAGCUGCAAGCGCACCAUGCCGCUUCCUCUACCAGUAAGACGGGCGAUGCUUCUGCGUCGGGCGACCCUGCCGCUCCGAACUCAGCCUCAGCUUCCGGCUUCACAUACACCGGCUCGGUUCCUCACCUCUUCCGACAAGGCCUCGCUUCCGUCGAUCCUCGCUACGAAUCUACCCGUCAGUUUCACCUGCUCAACCAAGCCGUCAAGAGCUUCAACAUCGAUCACGAAGCGGCUGGACGUGAAGCCAAGGCGCUCGCCAAGGCCACCUUUGUCUGGGGCCAGCAUCACCUUCCCGAGAAGCGCGAAGACGGUGUCGGAGAUGAGAUGCUUGUAGAUGUCGCCGACCGCCUCGCCUUUGUCUGGCACGAGAUCGGUCAGCUCGAGACCGCCCAUAGCCAGAGAUCCGAGCAGGCACGCAGCCGUCUCAAGCGCUUCGAAAAGGCCGAGAUGGAGCUGGGUCAACGAAGAGCCAAUCGCAGCAAACUGAAAAAAGAGCUCCACGCUCUUGUCCCCGAACGCGCCAUCGCAGCUGGGAGCGAACGCAUCCAAAAUACUGAGAAACGCCUGCAAGAUCUGCUAAACGAUGAUCAAGCCGACGAAGAGUAUCUCAGCCGCACCAAGCGCGAAAGCGUCAAGGAAGGCUACGCCGCCAUGUUUGACAGCCUCAUCGAGCUCGGCGAGAAGAUGGCCCUCGCCGCGCGCUACGGCAAGCUGCUUACCACGCUGGUGCCGACCGACAAGUCGCCUUUCCCUGCCACCGUCAAGCAUCGCGGUGACACGAUUCCUCUGUGGGAGAGCGCAUCCAGGACCGCCGAAGUUCGAGCAGCCCUCGCUUCUGCACUGACAUCCUUCCGCCCUGAUCUAUCGCUUCCCAGCCUUCCAUCGGACUCAGCGUUCUCAGCAACUGGCAGCCUCGGCCGCGCCGACACGGUCACGUACGCCAGUUCUCACAAGUCGGAGCUGCAGAAUGAUCAAGCCACCACAGCCUCGGCAGCCGCUGCUCCGCUUGCCGAGCCUCCCUCGCCGCGCAGGUCUAGCGGUUCAUCGGAUCGCGGCGAUCUCCUCCAAUCGGGCUUGGCAGCCUCGCAAAACAGCGGCAGCGGGUCCACACAGAAGCUCAAUCUCAGUCCCACCGCAUUGCCUGCGCCGCUGCUCCCACCUCGUCCUCAGCGAGGCUCGUCUUCGACUGCAUCAGAUACGUUGCGCUCCGCCACUGCCAACCCUUUCGCUGACUCUGCUGCAGCUUCUGCUGCUACCUCUGUCCCAGGCAGCACUGCACCUCAAGACGAAGAGCAUCUCCCGCCUCCGGGUCCACCUGGCCCCACUGUCGCCGAGACGGGCGUGAUUCCGACCGGUCCUGGCGGACCCAAGUCGGGAACCCUUCGACCACGCCGAUCCUCGGUGAGCCAGCGUUCGGCCUCGAUCUCCGCAGGCGCCGUUGCGUACCUCGGCCCCACAGGCACGUACAGCCACCAAGCUGCGCUCAAGGUGUUUGGCGAGGCGGGCACCAAUCUCAUCCCCAUGCAGAGCAUCACCGGAGCUAUCGAUUUCGUCCGUCGCGGGACACCUGGGAACGCCAAGAUCGCCAUCGUUCCGGUCGAGAAUAGCACAUUCGGGCCGGUGCGUGACACGUUGGACAACCUGCUCGGCAUCAGCAACGGCGAUCGCCACGCCUUCAGGCCCGAGGAUGGCGCUCAGCUGCACGUGGUUGGCGAGGCGUGCUUGUCGGUGGACCAUGCCUUGCUCUGCGGACCCAAGACAUACCACCAUCUGCUUCAGCUGCAGGGCGAUACGGAUCCCAACGCACCCAUCCGCGACGACACGCUGUCCAACAUAACCAACGUCAUUUCGCACGAGCAAGCGCUCGGCCAAUGCUCACACUAUCUCACACGCUAUCUGCCGCAAGCCAAGAAGAAAGCGGUCGAGUCGACAGCUGCAGCCGCUGUCACCGCUCUGGAAUUUGAGGCGGGCACGGCGCCCGGCAGAUCGUCCACGUCGAUCGACCAUGCGCACGAAUCGCUCGGCUUCUCUUCGAACUCGCUCGUGGCUGCGGUGGGAGCCGAAGCAGCAGUCUCGGCCAUCGGCGUGCGUGUGCUGCGAUCUCGAAUUCAGGAUGUCAAGGACAACCGCACACGUUUCUUGGUAUUGGCGAGUGAGCCUCUUGCAGCUCUGCUCUCGGUCAACGCGCUGCCAGCGGCAAUGUCGCGUCUCUAUCAUGCAUCGAGCGUCGCUGGCACGACGGGCCGCUCGCUGCUGAGCGUGCGUGACGCGCUCGCAUCGGACCUUGCGGCGGAGGCUGGCAGCUACGGCAGCGACAGUGCCAGUGUACUCGACAAGCUGAUGGUGCAGCUCUCACAAUUGGGAAGUGUUGCUGUUCGGAAGGUGGACCGUCGGCCGGCCUCGAUCGGAGAAGCGUCCAGCGAUGGGAGCAGCAGCGUCUGGCGAAGCAGCUACUUGCUCGAGCUGCAGUAUCCCGGCGCUUCUGCCAGCAUCGCCGAGGCCAAGAUACGACAGUUGAUCGCAGAUUUGACCCACUCUGCCGCCACGGCCGCCGGAGGUUCGGCACCUGUCCAUUAUCUGGGCAGCUGGAUCGUCGAUGCGAUUACGCUGCGUGGUCAGCCUACAGUCAGCGUCAGUGGCCAGACUCCACAGAGAUCAACCGUGACAGGUUCGUCCAGCUCCUCAUUCUCUCCAAGCACGCUUGGCGCUUCUUCGCAGAUGACGGAGAGGGAGCGGAAGGAGACGGAAGCCAGACAGGAAGCUGACGAAGUGCAACGACACGCAGCACAGGCACGUUUCAAUCGACAGCAGCAGCAGGCGGAGUUGUACGGAGUAGGAGUGCAGCCGUCCGGGUCGUCAGCUGCAGGGUCUCGCGUGCAGCCGAUGGCUGGACUUGAAGAGAGCGAGGCGGAGCCACGACUGGACGAGGAGGAAAAUCUGCCUGUCUACCAGCCUCUUGACCCUGCUUCCCGGAGCUGA